UUCAUUUCUUUACCCUAUAUGCAAAAAAAAUCUUAAAAAUUCAAAAGAGAUUAACUCAUUCAGACAAAUAAGCGAUAUUACUUACACCUCCGACAAGAUAUCCCUGUUCUGUCUUUUUAUAAAUAUUUUUUCUUUUUUUGGAUAAAUUGGAGAAGAAUUAUCAUCACUUGCAAAGCUUGAGCUUCUUGAAGAAAGGAGAGACUUGAGAUUUAAGAUAAGGCUUUGUGGCGAUACAAGUGGGAAUAUUCUCCGGCUGCUCCAUCCAUAACUUAUGAGAGAUUCCUCCUGAUUUCAACUUCUCUGAUAAAUUCAUCAUCUGAGUUUCUCCUUUAACUUCCAACGUGACCUGAUUAAUUAAAAAAAAAACGAGUUUAAUUAUCCACCGUUGAUUCACAUAGUUAUUCGAUAACCGCUUAGUACCUUGUGCAUAGAGUCAAUAUGUUGCGGAUCACAGUACUGAAGCGUUACUGGAUCGUCUUUGAACGACCAGAUCGCAGCGACUGACGCGUGGCAUCCCUGAGUUACUACGCUUCCUAGUGGCCACGAAUCGAUCAGAUCUCGUCGAAGCACCACGUACUGCACGACGACGUCGUCUGGUUUCUCCGCCGUGUUGGAGGCAUCGAUUUCGUUAGUCUGUUGGCUCAUGGAGGAAGCUGUUGUGAUCCGACGGAGAUGACGAAUGCAGAUCGUGGAAUGUUGGAACGUGAUUCGCGGCGACGAGCUGGAGGAGAAGCGGCGGGUAGCGAACGGGAGACGAAACGCAGCGGAGACGACGGCGGGAGCCAUAUGAAAGGAGGACGCACGUGGAUAAGAUUUUAUUAAUGGGCUUUUAAGAGGCCCAGUUUAGUAAUGAGCUUAUAUUCGAUUGACUAAACGACGUAGUUUUGAGUAAUUGGGUUUCCACUCUUAACCGGUAUAACUAAACCGCUUAAAUUUAUAAUACAUUGGUUAUUAUUAUAUUACUCGUGAAUCCAACCUCCCGUCGCUGGUCUCAAGUCUCGGUUCCUCCGCCUAUCAUUACCGGCGCUUGCGACGGCUCUCCUCAAAUUGGACCUUUUUUCAUCUCAUUCGUCGGCGUCGGAGCUGCUUGGUCAAAUAGAGAGCUCUCUGGAAAGAAAAAGAUGGGAGAGAUGAUUGUUUCGCUGGAUGAUGACAUUCCACUGGAUUCAACACGAGCACGAUUUACGAAUCUUCUCAAGAGGCAUCAGCAAUUGACAGACCGUCUUACUAGGGAUUCUGAUAAGAUGAUAUUUGAUCGGUUAAGCAAAGAAUUUGAAGCUGCACGGGCAUCCCAAAGUCAGGAACUAUGCUUAGAUGGGGAAGAGUGGAAUGAUGGCUUGUUGGCUACACUAAGGGAACGGGUGCAUAUGGAGGCUGACAGAAAGGAUAGCGGUAAUGCAGGUUUUGCACCAGUUUCUCAUCCUGAAGAACGAAUUGCUUACAGAGUGGGAAAUAAGGUGAUCUAUUGCUUAGAGGGAGCGAGAAUUGGAAUACAGUAUGAAACAUCUUUCGCAGGAGAAACUUACGAGAUUUACCACUGUGUGCUUGAGAGCAAGUCGUUUUUGGAGAAGAUGAAUGUACUUGAGCACACCAUUCCAUUCUUUUUGCCACUACGCGACUUGGAAAACGAUCUUCUUUCGUCGAAUGCUAAGAAAUUCAUCGAUAAUGUUGGGGAUCUCCUGCACGCAUAUGUUGACAGGAGGGAGCAGGUCCGGCUUAUCAAAGAGCUCUAUGGAAAUCAGAUCAGGGAGCUUUACCACAGUCUUCCUUACCACAUGAUUGAAUUUGCCAUAGAUGAUUGUGACUGCAAGGUGAUGGUGAGCCUGAGGUAUGGGAAUCUUAUGUGUGAACUUCCGACAAAAGUGAGGGUUCUAGCAUGGCCAAUGCAUCAGUUGAAGAGACAGUGUACAAGCCCUAGAUUAAGUAAACUUGCAAGUCAAGCAAUCCCUGUACGGUUAUCCUUUGCUGAGGAUGCCUUAAGGAUCCAAUCACUACCUGAAGCAUACGCAGAGAUUGUAGUAAACAUGCCACAAGAAAUUGAGCAAAUAUUUCUGUAGAGGAGUUGGAGCUAAGAUCUGAAGCUUUCACCAACUCUUCUAUAUCUCUCCCUACUUUGUAUGAUAUUUGAUGUUAAUCCUUCUUCUAGCAAUGUUAAAAUUGUGCCACAGAAUUGAUUUUGUUCUGCUUUGCUGUUACUAUUUUUCACUCAUAUUCUUCAUGAAUUUAUGUAUUUGUAACUUGGUAGUCAGAGUGGCUGUAAAGGUUACGAAUUAAACAAAAACUAAUCUACAGUAGGUUCGAU